AUGUCAAUCUACAUGGAAGUCUACAUGGCAGUCUACAUGACAGUCUUCAUGACAGUCUACAUGACUGUCUACAUGACAGUCUACAUGACGGUCUACUUGGCAGUCUACAUGACAAUCCACAUGACGGUCUACAUGACGGUCUACAGGGCAGUCUACAGGGCAGUCUGCAUGACGGUCUACAUGACGGUCUUACUGGCAGUCUACAUGACGGUCUACAUGACAGUCUACAUGACAGUCUACAUGACAGUCUACUUGGCAGUCUACAGGGCAGUCUACAUGGCAGUCUACAGGGCAGUCUGCAUGACGGUCUACAUGACAGUCUACAUGACGGUCUACAUGGCUGUCUACAUGACAGUCUACAUGGCAGUCUCCAUGACAGAUUAG